AUGGGGUUAAAAGUUCCCACCGGUAAGGCCAUUAGUUAUUAUUACUUGGUAGAUGGUGGUUACACAAAUGGUGAGGGAUUUCUUGCACCAUAUAGAGGAACGAGAUAUCAUAUAUCCGAAUGGAGAGAUGGAUAUACAGUUGCAAAUCAUCAAGAAUAUUUUAAUAUGAAGCAUUCAAAAGCAAGAAAUGUAAUAGAACGAUGUUUUGGGUUGUUGAAAGCUAGGUGGGGCAUACUAAGGAGUCCGUCUUUUUACCCUAUAAAGACGCAAUGUCGGAUAAUUACAGCUUGUCUUUUACAUAAUCUCAUUAGGAGGGAGAUGUCCAUGGAUCCAAUGGAGCAUGAAGUGAAUGAAAUUAAUGAGGCAGAAAAUACAGUAGAAGGUGGUACGAUUGGGACUAUCGAACCAUCCAAUCAAUGGACUGCAUGGAAGGAUGACUUGGCCUUGCAACUAUAUAAUGAGUGGAGGGCAACUAGGAAUAACUAG